AUUAUACACUUAUAGUACUACUACUACUAUUAUUAUUAUAACUUCAAUUAAAAAUGAUAAGUUGUCUAAUACUUCUAUGACAUAAAAGCAACGAAACUCGGCUGGACAGAUUAAAACUGGUGCUGUAAGGCUUUAGUAGAUAAGUGAGGAGAGACGUGGCCUCACGUUAACACUGCAAUGUCUCUUGCUUUAAUAAUGGGCGCAUAAUUUAUUUUAUCACACUUUUAUUACGUGUAAACGAAUACUUGAUUUGUUGAGCCUCUGUGACCCCUGACUCAUUAAAAACCAUCGUCCAAGAACACACAAACAUUCAACUUCCAUCUAAUUCCCUCAUUAUUUAAAACAGUUUGACUUCAAAACAAAACAUUAUUACAUUAAGCCAACUGAGAGACACUGAAGAAGAAAAAGAAAUGCGUGUACUAUACUAAUAGUCAACCAACACAAAUACCUUGUUAACCUUUUCUUUUCUGAUGUGACUGUGUUCACUCUAAUUUCUGCUGUCGCUCCCUGGGCCCUCGACGGUCACUUUUAUUUCUCUUCAUCUUUUGUUCAAACCCUUGAAGGGCAAAUUCAGCUCAGUCCACUCCGAACCUGCCCAUUCACUCUCUGCCUCCAUCACUGACAGGAUGGAGCUAUUGUUGUGGGUUCGUGCGCCAUUGGUUUCAUUCAUUCAUCCUGUGGAAUUUGCGCUUCAGCCCACCGGCUCUGUGCUUUGUGGAUAAAAGAGUUGCUUGUAUUCGUGUGACUGGAAAAAAGGAUAAGACUCGAUAGGGGAGAGUGAGCAUUUUCACUGCAGAUUUCUGUCCAUCUCUUUGUCUCGAUUAGUCGCUUUUUUCCAAACCGCUUUUUCAGAUUUAAAAAUCUGGUGCGUAAAAGAAAAAAAAGGGCGCUUUGAGUUAAAGUUGUUGAUUUCUAAACCCAUCCAGACUGACAUCAAUGACAUCAAAUCCAUUUUCUGCUCAAUAUCUCGAUCUGUUUUCUGUUUUGAAUUCAACUACAUGACAUGUCCCUGUCUUCUUUGAACCGUGCGUAAAAGGGCUGGGUUUUGAGAGCCAAAGACGUGUCCAAAUCUGAUCUAAAACACUGACAGUUCCUGACCCUGCAGCCGCUGCGCGUCUGGCUCAUCACGAUUUAAAAAAAAAAGAUGUCACGUAAAACCACAAGGGGACCUAGGAUUCACCAAGUACCUUUCAGUUGAGCAGGAGUCCUGCCAAGUAAAGAACACUUUCCUCCUCCUCUUCCAGCGGCGACAAACGCAGAGAAUCGACAGAGGAGAAUUGAGCAAAUUAUCUACUUUUCCACUCUCCUUCUUGGACGGUAACGAUCGGCAAGGUCUCGGCUCUUGCCCCACCGAUAUCGAACGAGCCUCGGGCGCCCUGAUUGUCGUCAACAACCAGGAAAGCAGGGCCUGUGUUUUGGUGGGGGUGGGGUUGGGGGAUCCCUGGCGGAUGAUGUCCUUUUCUGCGUGCCGGUGAGGAGCAGCGCCGAUCUCAUCUUCUUUCCAGCAGCUUUAGUUGUUGUUGUCGCAACCCGGUUGAUGCGGAGGUGAUGGACGGUCCUCUCCGCCGCCCAGCAGGGAUCCUUGGCUCCCCCACGGCUUCAGGGAGCCAACCUGCGGGCUCAGAAAUGCUCACCUCCGGCGGCAGCAGCAAGCCUCUCGCUUUCUCCAUCGACCGGAUUAUGGCCAGGACACCCGAGCCCAAGUCAAUACCGCUCCCCAACUGGUUUCAGUCCGCUCCAGUGGGGAAACCCGAAGCAUAUCCGUCCUCGCUGCAUUGCAUGAUCCCGCUGGUACCGCUCGGCUAUGAGCCGGGACACCGGCUCAGUAUCACAGGGCUGGAUCCGGGCCACUUAGACGCUUCUUCUCUCCCGGCUCCCGCAGAAUUUUUGGGGUUUGGGCUAAACUAUAAAAAUCAACAAGAAGACAUUGCUGUCAGCCAAACCACCGGGCAGUACAAACUCUUCAGACCCAGGGUGGUAAACCAGUCCUCUUUUCCCACGAUGGGCACUGUUUGCUACCUGAAUUGCAGCGGGGAUUCCGGAGCGUGUCCACCGCCGGCUGGCCUGGUGAACCUGCACCCUAUGGCCUCGUACCUGUUCACUGCCCGACAUAAAGCCUUCAUGGCAGAGAAGAGCAAGACCGGCAUGCAACAGGCCGCGGAGCGGUACGCGGGUUCCGGCGUGCAGGCCUUCAAGGAUCUAUCUCCGAACCAGAUUCACUACAUAAAGCAGAGGGACCAGAUCCUGAGUGACAAGAUUUUCAAGGGCUCCGCGACAGCUGCAGCGGCAAGCGCCAGGCUCAGCGGCUCCUGUCCCGGUAGCAAGCCCAAAGUUUUUACCUGUGAGGUCUGCGGUAAGGUCUUUAACGCGCACUACAACCUGACCCGCCACAUGCCCGUACACACAGGCGCUCGACCAUUCGUGUGCAAAGUUUGCGGGAAGGGAUUCCGACAGGCCAGCACGCUGUGCCGGCACAAAAUCAUCCACACUCAGGAAAAGCCUCACAAGUGUAACCAGUGCGGAAAAGCCUUUAACAGGAGUUCAACCCUCAACACGCACACACGCAUCCAUGCGGGAUACAAACCAUUCGUGUGCGAGUUCUGUGGGAAGGGAUUUCACCAAAAAGGAAACUACAAAAACCACAAGCUGACACACAGUGGCGAGAAGCAGUUCAAGUGCUCCAUCUGCAGCAAGGCAUUUCAUCAGGUGUACAACCUCACCUUCCACAUGCACACCCACAACGAUAAGAAACCCUUCACCUGCCCAACCUGUGGCAAGGGCUUCUGCAGGAACUUUGACCUGAAGAAACACGUCAGAAAGCUACAUGACCCAGCCGGCGCACAGUCUCCCCCACAGAUGUAAAAACCUGAACACUGACUCUGAACCCCCAGCACACCAAAAUGCAUAGUCAACAAUUACAUUUCAGCCAAGCUACAUGUAAAAUAAGCUACACUUUGGUCCUUAGACUUAAGAAGCCCUGUAGGUGGUAAGGGGAAGGUUUUUCAUAAAUCAGCCAUAUGCAUGUGUUUAGAAUUUGUGCACUUUUUUCAUCCAAAUUAAUGCACCAGUUUAUCAGUAAGUGAGACUGGAAAGUAACUAAAAUACAUUUUUAUCAUGGUUUUUGCUCCUUCUGUUCUCAAAUUACAGAUGCUUAAGAGUAAAUGUCUUUAAAUAAUUUCCUUACCAAUAUUAACUAAUUGGCUCAUUUACUGAAGAACUUAAAUAAUUUGAGGGUUCAUUGUAACCUUAAAUUAUUAUUUAAAAAAAAUAUAUAACUCAAUCAUAUGAUUUCUCUCACAAGCAGCAAUGAAGCUCCCUGAAUCCUUAAAACUGUGACUAUGACUAUGUUCUUUAUGUAUUUCUGACUAUGAUCAAAGUUUUUAACUGACAUCAUGUCCUGUGUGUUGUUUCUUGUAAUUCUACAUGAUUUAAUGAUGUGAUAUGGGGAGGAGUUACUUAUGAUUUGUAGAAAUCAUCAUAGAUGUCUUCCAAAAUCCCCCUCCCCCACCCCCACCAUCAUAACAACAGAUGAUAAAGUUGUAAAACUAAAGCCAGGCAUUUCAGACAUGAUUUUAUUCAAAGUUACAGGUGUUUUAACAAAUUUAACAAGAAGACUUUGCCAUCUUUAACUGAAGGCUAAAAACAACAACAACUGGAUCACAUUCAAAUUUAAUUUAUGUAGUAUUUUUCUAUUACAAUCAUAUCCUGGCAUAUAAUGGCUACAGAUUCCCCUGUAACAGUUGGCCUAGUGUCAUGUGAUUAAGAGCAGUUUCAUUUUGCGUAAAAUUGCUAAAUAGCACAACUUUUUCACAAAACCCAGUGACUUAAAAGAUCAAUGCGUCUGCAUACCUCCACCCACAACAUGCCUAAACUGAGUUACGUUAUCCAGAGGAUUUCCUGGAUCUGCAUAAGUUUCUAAUCAUUUUUAGAUUACAUCAAGAUGAUUUCUCUCAGUUUUUCUUAUUUCAAUUUGAUGUGUAUUUGUGAAGAUAUGUUGCAACGCACAAUGCUGUCCAUCCAAAAAUCAUUCCAACUAUUCCUGAAUCUGGACUCACUUCUGCUCGCAAAUUCUUCAUUAAAUAUCCCAACAAAGAGGCAAAAUAAAUCAAUGACUAAAUAAAUAAAUAAUAAGGCAAAAGUCUAAAAUGAGAUUAUCCCUCCUUCUGAUGGCAUCACUGUGACAUAUUCACAAAAUAAUCAAUAUUAUCUAUAAUUGUUUUUGCAGUCUGAGGAGGGAUAGCCAUGGCAAAAACCCAACAACUUUUAAUUAUAACAUUUGUUAGUGUCCCAUUAAAUCUUUAACAACAGAAUUCUUUUGAUUGGCACACAUGAUAGCCAAUCUUGUUGUUUACUUAUGUACUGGGUUGAACUUUGGUUAACUGAAGAGAAGUAGGCAGUAAUGCCAGGUGAAACAACACACUGAUGCAUGUUGUUAGUACAUGUAAAAUGUAAAAGAGCUGAAUUUGUGUAUGCAGAUCUAUUUAAAUUGUCUUUAACCUGACAGCUUCCUGGUACAAAAUCUGUGCCCGUGUGAUGGAAGAGCGGAAAAUGUUCAUUCUGUCUUACUCACUUAACUCAAGGAAAUAGCGCAUUACCAGUAGUGAGAGUGCGCCUGAGCUGGUUGAGCACUCAAAAUGCUUUCUGCUACAAGUCUCAUUCACCAAAUUACACACACAUUCAUGCAGCACUUUGUUUAACAUUUACACACAGUCACACUCCAAUGGAUGCAUCAGGGGCAACAUGAGGAGUUCAGUUUCUUGGUCAAGGAUACUUUGAUUAAAUUACUGGAGGAGCCAAGGAUUGAGCCACUUACCUACUGAUCAGUAAACAAUCCCUUCUAUGACCUGUUGUUGUGUCUAUGACCACAACAACAGGCAGGAAGUACAUUUUUGCACAAAAUCUUUGAAUUUAAAUAGGAUUUUGUCACGCAUGAUUAAAUUUCCCUAAAUACCCCUUUUACACUUAGCAUACCUGACAGAGUCAUUUUUUAAACAUCCAGUCACAAAAAUGUUGUUUGCGUUUUCAUUUGUGAUCCAGGAAAAACAAAAAAGGAAAACUCUCUCCUUGAACACUCCAAUACAAACCAUGACUAUGAACUUGAACGUCAAGGAAGAAAGAGAGAAAGAAAGAAAGAAAGUGUGUGGGGGGGGACUCCUAACCCCUUUAAAGCCCCAUAGUGGCCCCUUGAUACCUGGUCCUGACAUGCUCCAUGUGUCUCUUAGCUUGCUGGUCUGAGGUUACUCUGAGGGGAAACUUAACUUUCAUAUCCUCGAAUUACUAGUCACUUGUUUUGUUAUAAUGAUGGAUAAUUAUUCCAUCAUUAGUCAUCAGUAUUAUUUUUCAGCCAGAACUCAGGAUGUGAGAUUACUAGACUAGACAAGUGACAGCAGUGAAACAGUGCAGACUAAUGUUCAAUAAGAUUUAAUAGUCAAAAGUAAAUCUAGUUACAUCUAUAUUUUUCUUAAUAUCAGCUAAUUCCCUCAAAGUAUAAAUACCAAGGAACCAAGUAUGUGUUUGGUGUAUUUCCACCACAGGAAAUAGUCCCAAACAGGUGCACUUUUUACUCCUGCAUUGCCUAAAAAAUUGCGUUGCCUAAUUGUUUCAGGCACCAGCUUUUGAUGAAACCAGUAGCUUUUGUUUUUGUUUUUUUUGUUGGUUUUUGUUUUGUUUGGUUUUUUUUGGGGGGGGGAGGCCAAUUGCAAACAAAAUAAUACAGAAAGGCAUUGUAUUUAAACAUGUUUAUUCCAUAAAUUCACAUUGUUCGUCCAAACACAUUUGACUAGUGUUUCAUUAAAAACAAAUCCACCAAAAAAUAAAACCUAACAAUCAAAAUUCAUAGUUAAGAAAGAAAGAAUUUAGAGACCAUUUCAGUGUCCAAAUCUGUAAAGGUUAACUUAUUAGCUUAUUUUUCACUCCCUUUAUUCAUAGCAUAUCAGACAUUUGUCACCAUGAAUGCUGUUUUCUCGCUCAUAAUCAUGUGAUCCAAAUGUGACACUGAUUUCAUGACAAAAGGCGAUUGUCCAAAACUGUUCUUCUCUGUACUCCAGCAGGUUUCAGAGUUUGUAGUUGCUUAAAUUUGUGACUUUAAUUACAUUUUUAUAGAUUUGGUGGGUAUUUAUAUCAGUAAUAACAUCAUUUUGCUCACCGCCUUAGUACCUGAACUCUGGGAAUGUUCCAAGGAACAAAAUCUUCCUUAAGAUUUUCUGCAUAUUUAAUAUUGGCUGAAGCUGUGUUUGAUUUUGCAAGAUAGUUAGCCCUUCCAAAAAGCUGCUGUUUCAAAUUCACGCUGGAUAUUCAUGCUUCAACCAGCCUGUUUCCGGGAACGUACUUCUAGGAUCGACUUGCAGGUUCUUUUCAUUGUGAGAUGAGGUGCACCAAAACAAUAUAAAUUAUUAAGAACACUCUUUGUGAAAGGCUCUAGGAGGCCAAAACAGCAAGAACAAUAGAGGGACAUAGUUUGUAAUUAUUUCCAGAGUUUAGUUUACCCACCCACAGCAACUUAUAAGGGUCACUCAUAAAUACCUAUCCUAGAGGUAUUUUUUCCUCAAUUGAACAUGCCUUAAAAACAGAGAGUCUAUCAAAGAGCAUUCUGGGGUCCAAUUCUGCAAUGAAAAAACAGACCAACGAACAUCUUUUAAAAAUGGGCAUUGCAAUCAACCAAUUAACCAACCAACUUUAAAGCUGUUAAUUCUACCCUUAAAGGUAUGUAAACUUUCACAAAGUGCUACCUUCUCUUAGCGAGCAGCUGAUUCCUCUGAUAGAGACACAAAUGAAAGAAUCUUCUCAAAAGUUUCUUAGGAGUUUUACUCGUGAAAUUGUUAUUUUAAGAUAACUUCCUACUAUACCAUCUGUAGAUGUGUGCACCCAGUUUUCCUGUGCAGUCAGGAAGUAUUUCAGACAUUUUCCGUAUUCUCAAAAUACUUCUUAUUAAUAAAAUACUUUAUUUCACCAACUCUACAGAUUUAAGCAAAUAAAUGGGUGAUUACAGUGUUAUUAAUAUUGAUAAAACGGAUGAAGAAAAAAUGUAGUUAAAAAUGACUGUAAUUCCGUUGCUGUUCAUGUCAGCUGAAAACUGAAAGCUAACCUGGUUUAUAUCAAAAUGAUUCCCCAAUUUUAACAACAUAUUCUACAGAAAAGCCCAGAUUUUUAUAUCUAAAACGUUUAUAUGAUUAUAUGAAGUGGAGUGAUAGCAUGGCUGGUGUUUCCUAUUCGGUAUAAGAGAUCCUUGUAAAAAAAAAAAAAAAAAAAAAAAAAAAGAAAAGAAAAAACAGAAUGCAACGAGAUAAUGUCUUGAAGAAAACCCACAGAAAAGGAUAUAAUGUAGCUAAAAUAUGAAAUUUCUGUUUCAUGAAUUAAUGUAAGCAAGGGUACAGUUUCUAUAUCAUGUCUGAUGCUUUCAUUUUUUCCUUACUAAAUUUAGCCAUUGUACCUUGUUGCAUUUUACUUCAUUAUUACAGCAAUUUUUUUCUCUGUCAGUCACAAAAACUUUCGAAAUCUGGGUUCUCAGUGGUUCCAUACAUUUUUUUUAAAGAUUUGCAUUUAAAUAUUUGUGUGUACAAAACCUAAUCUGCUAGGAUACACAGCUCUAACGUCCUAUGAAAGAACCCCCACCACCCACAACAAAAAUAAAUAAGUAAAUACAAUACAUUUCUUAUUUACCUCUGCAUCUCUGGUCCUGAGUCCUGAGAACAAGUUGAAACCUUCCUUUCUUUAGUUUGUUUCUAAACUUGAUUUCAAUCUCAGGAGAACUGUAAAAAUAAUAAUAAUAAAAUAGUAUUUUAUGAUAUUUAUUUUAAAGUGUGUUAUAUUCUAAAGAGAAUAGCUGAACUGAAGACUACGUUAUAUGAAGAAGGGUUUCUUGUCAAAGUAAUUUUUUGUCCUGCUGCUAAACGAAAAAGCAUAAUAAAUGAAAAUCAACUGUGUGUGCUCAUUGAUCUUUUUGAGUUAAUUUCAGUAAUUACUUCCUCCAAACCAUCAAAGUGUCUUUUACACCCCACCUCAAGACUUCUCAAAGAAAUCCUACCAUUAAUUAAUGCUUCACUUUUAUAUAUGAUCAAACUAUCUCUAUUAAUCGGCUACAUGCCACAGGACUUGGCUGGGACUAGGCUAGCAGUACUUAAACCGUUACAGGGAGUGCAGAAUUAUUAGGCAAAUGAGUAUUUUGUCCACAGCAUCCUCUUCA